CGUUCUGAUGAAGUUUGCACUUCCUGGGUGUGAGGGUGGUGGGCGGAGCCUCACCCAUCAGACAGAGAUCAGAGCCACAGACAGACGGCCAGCACUCAGAACGACAUCUGCCUCUUUCUGGUCAUGGAUCAGGCUUUAGCUCUCCUGCUGCUCCUGCUGUUGGCUGAAAACGGGUUGGGUCAGCAGAAGGAAGUCUGCUUGAAGUCGGUGGUGAACUCGUGCUCUGACUGCAUCAAAGCUGGACCGUACUGCUCGUGGUGCCAGCAGCUGAACUUCACUCGUGGAGGGAAGCAGGAAACCAUCCGCUGUGACACCAGAGCGCAGCUGAAAGAAAAAGGCUGCAUGGAGGAACACAUCCUCUCUCCAGGGAACAAUAUGACCGUCAGUGAGAAUUUACCACUGUCUUCUUCAUCUGGGGGUGGAGAACCUGUCCAGCUGAGUCCACAGAAGAUCAGCCUGAAGUUGCGGCCCGGACUUCCAAAAACAUUCCAGGUUUCCUUCAAGAGAGCUGAAGGUUAUCCGGUGGAUCUGUACUACCUGAUGGACCUUUCUUACUCCAUGAAAGACGAUCUGGAGAAAGUGAAAGGGCUGGGAGAAGACCUUUUUGAAGCUCUGAAUAAAAUCACAAGAGAUGCUCAGAUAGGGUUUGGUGCCUUUGUGGAUAAGACGGUUCUUCCUUACACCAACACCAACAAGGAGAAGCUGGAGAGACCCUGUGAGAGUAAAACAGAGGAGUGUCAGGCUGCCUUCGGCUACAGACACGUCCUGAGUCUGACAAACAGCAAGGAGAGGUUCAGGACUGAGGUUUCUGGGCAGAAGAUCUCUGGGAACUUGGACUCUCCAGAGGGGAGUCUGGAUGCUAUGAUGCAGGCUGCUGUGUGUAAGGACGUCAUCGGCUGGAGGAACAGCAGCACGCGCUUAAUCGUCCUGGCUACAGAUGCUGGCUUCCACAUGGCUGGAGAUGGAAAGUUAGCUGGUAUUUUGGAGCCCAACGACGAGGGCUGCCACAUGCAGAACAACCUGUACAUCAAGAGCAACGACAUGGACUAUCCCUCUGUGGGGCAGUUGGCCAGGCAGCUGGAGAAGAACAACAUUCAGCCAAUCUUUGCUGUGACACAGAACAUGGAGACUGUCUUCAAAGAACUCUCCAAACUGAUUCCAAAGUCAGAGGUUGGAGUUCUGUCAGAAGACUCACGAAAUGUGGUUCAGCUGAUUGAAAAUGCUUAUAAGAGGCUGACGUCCAAGAUAACGCUGGCCCACUCCAGUCUUCCUGAAGAUGUGCAGAUCCUCUACAAGCCUGUGUGCAAACAUGGAGAAGGAGAGAGUGCCAGUCAGGGUGUGUGCGACCGUGUGGGAGAAGGAGAAGAGAUCUCCUUUAACAUCACCGUGACGGCAGACUCGUGCAUGAAGGAGGAGAAAUCCUUCAACAUCAAACUCCUGGGCAUCAGAGAUACUCUGACGGUGUCCUUAUCCACAACCUGUGACUGCAACUGCCAGGACGACACCAACAUAAACCACGAACACUGCAACUGGAACGGCACCGUGUCCUGUGGCAUUUGCAGAUGCAAUAAUGGUUUCGUAGGUCAGUUCUGCAGCUGUGCCAUUGGGGAUAAAGACAAAGAGACUCUGAAACAACAAUGUCAAAAAGACAACGGCACCGAGUGUGAGGGUCGGGGAGACUGUGAAUGUGGCCGCUGCAGCUGCCACACAACAGAGAGCGGUAAAAGUUACUACGGUGAAUUCUGCCAGUGUGUAGAUGAGCAGUGCCCCAAGUUCAACAACAAAGAAUGCUCAGGACACGGAGAUUGCAAAUGUGGAAAAUGUGAAUGUGAAAAAGGUUACCAGGGCUCUGCCUGUCAGUGCAAAGAGUCCAACGAGGACUGCCGUCCCGCCGGGGUGGCCCUUCUGUGGGAGAAGAACCAUGUGUGCUACGGCAGAGGAGUCUGUAUCUGUGGUACAUGCAAUUGCAACGAAGGAUAUCAGGUUCCCUUCUGUGAGAAGUGCCUCGGAUGCUCAGAUCCAUGCCAGACCCAAAUGAACUGCGUCGAGUGUCUUGGAUUUAAUUCUGGUGUCUUGGAAAAGAACUGCAAUGAGAACUGCAGAGGCCUUUCUCAUCAGCUGGUGGAGUCCUUCAACAUGUCCGGGAAGCAGUGCCAGCAGAAGGACAGCGAGGGAUGCUGGGUCAAGUUCAGGCUGCAGGAGCUGUUCGGAGUGGACAGAUACAAGGCUGAGAUCCUGAGGGAAAGAGACUGCCCAGAGCCCCCCAACGUCAUUGCCAUCAUUGGAGGCUCCCUCGCUGGGGUGGCCCUCAUCGGCCUCCUGGUGCUGAUGCUCAUCAAGCUCCUCAUCCACUUGCAGGACUUGAAAGAGUUCCGGAAAUUUGAAAACGAACAGAAGAAAUCCAAAUGGGCAAAGGCUGACAACCCGCUCUUCCAGGGAGCCACCACCACCGUGGCCAACCCCACCUUCACUGGAGAGUGAAGAUAGCAACCGGACCCCCCAGCGAAUUUGCUUGCAGCAGCUGAUUGUUUCCUCCAACUCUUCUCAGCUCACCAUUUUAUCGGACUACAGCUCUGGGGGGGAAGCACCUGCUCACUAUGCAGACUUCUGGCUCUAGGCUCUUGCUUAUGGUUCUGGAUCCAGCCAGAGAUCCACAUACAGGUUCUAAGUACCUUCUAGAAAACGACCCCCCACCCCAUAUAUUUAUAUAUAUGCAGGUCCUGAGGGUUCUGCCUGCAAAGCUUAGUGUUUUUCUGCAGCAUGUUUUCCGCUCCUCUUCCUGUCCUUCCAGCACAGACUCAAAGAACAGCAGAAGAUCCAGAGCUGCCCUCUAGUGGUGGGGGUGUUGAACCACAAAUACAUAGAUGUACAGUACCACUCUUCCUCUUUCCACAGGGGUUCACUCACCUUCAGUGAGGUCCCAGAUUAUGUUUCCUAAACUCAGACUAAGAAAUGAAAUUUGUAUUGAAACGUUUGUACUCCUUGUUUCGAAUCUUGUCUGCAGUGCUAUGACUGUUGGGAGGAAUAAAGCUGGAUUUCUGCUCCUCCU